UCCGCGGCAUGUUUCGCCUAGGGAGCUUUGAUCCACACCAGCGCCUCGUCGCGGCGGCGGUCCAAGUGUCUCCUAAAACCCCACAGGUGUGCAGAUGGGUCAGAGCUUGUGGAGGGUAGCAAGGAACCAGCAGCUGCAGCACGACUACAGUGAGCAGUGCUACCUACAGCGGGAGCGCCGUCGUAGAACCGGGGGGCACCUGCUGGCCGAACCACAGUCACGCCGCACGCCACAGUGCCAGGUACCUGGCACCGACCUGGGUCACCUGCUGCGUGCCCGUAAGGGCAAAGCGGAGCAGGGCUUCAUCGACUUGGAGAUGCUUCCACCCGAGCUGGGCAUCACCAUCCUGUCCUACCUGAACGCCACCGACCUGUGUCUGGCCUCCUGCGUGUGGCAAGACCUGGGCAACGAUGAAUGUCUAUGGCAGGGGCUGUGCAAGUCCACUUGGGGUCACUGUUCCAUAUACAACAGAAGGCUUCACCCUGGCUUCUCCUACAGAAGGCUCUACAUGCAACUAGAUGAAGGAAGUUUGACAUUCAACGCUAACCCUCAGGAGGGAAUCACUUACCUCAUAUCCAAAGGCAUUCUUCUGGACCACCCGAAGGAACUUGCCAAGUUCAUAUUUUAUACCAGAACACUGAAUUGGAAAAUGCUACGGAUUUACCUUGAUGAACGGCGUGAUGUACUGGAUGAGCUAGUCACACUACACAACUUCAGUAACCAGUUCCUGCCCAAUGCACUAAGGGAUUUCUUCAGACACAUCCACGCCCCUGAGGAACGGGGCGAGUACCUGGAGACGCUCAUCACCAAGUUCUCCCACCGCUUCUGUGCCUGUAACCCUACGCUGGUCCGGGAGGUGGGCCUGACUCCCGACGCAGUGUAUGUUCUGUGCUACUCUCUCAUCCUGCUGUCCAUUGACCUCAGCAGUCCGCACGUGAAGAACAAGAUGUCCAAGAGGGAGUUUAUCCGGAACACCCGCCGAGCUGCCCAGAACAUCAGCGAGGACUUUAACAAGGAUCACAAGAUGGCAGAUACAGAGCCCCAGAGAAGACCAUUAGUAGGAUUGCAGCAUCUCUCUCUCAGGCGGUGUCACACAACGAAGGCAAGCAGCCAUGGCAACAUCAAAUAACAAUAACAACAACCAAAAUGACACAGGUUGCCAAAAGCAGCCUAAGGCAAACUGACAGACGUAGCGACGCACGUAAUGGACAACAGAGUGCGUCCCCACACAGAGCCAUGUAGCUAAGGAGCACUCGGAGGUGUGCUGUGGUGUGGGUAACCAAACAAACCCUGCUGUAGCACCACAAGUUGUGCUUCAAUUCUAACAUGCGCAUCCAGUUUAAGCUCAAAAUAUGUUAAAACGUAUUAAUACAUGUUAUUACGUGAAUGUUAACCUUCUGGCUGUCUGCAUAUGAAGCAGUGAUCUGUGGGAGCAGAUUCCAUGGUGGUUCCUUCACCUUCCUUCUAUUGGUUGAUCCCAAAACGGCUAUAAAACUGGUUUGUGCCGGAUUGGAAGUGGAGGAGCUUUGGCGUAAAUGAUCUUUGCUCUUACACCAAUGAAGAAACACUAACAGAUGUAUUUGAAACAGUCUCUGCUCAAAUCUGUAAACAGCUUAUUGUCAAACAAAUAGUCCAAAUUAUAAAUACGCUUAUCCAGAUUAUUAUAGAGUAUCUAUAGUGUAUAGUGAUUUAUAAGAUGAGUAUAGAGAUUAAGGCUUGGGCUCAUGUGUUUAAGUCUUGGAUAUUGUUGGAAACAUUUGUUUUUCUGUGUAAACUUCCUACGUGGGUCAGAAACCCACAGAAAGUAUGAUCAACCAAAGGUUAUUUUCCUAUUAUUGUUUUUUAGACUGGCUGGUACCUACUAGCUGUGCGCUACUUUAAUGUGGUCAUUGUUUUGGCUGUGGUCCGACUACACCACUCGGCUUUGGUCACGUGUGAUGUCCCCCACCCUCACACACCUGAGUGUCCACCUGUCUCAGCAUACCUGCCUGUAGCCUGCCUGCAUAAAUGAGAUAUGGACGUGUGAGCACGUGUGGACAGACUCGUUCUGCCGCACCGUCAACCCAUGCUCGCUGUCUUCCUUUGCUUCUGCCUGCAGUAUGAUGGCAACAUCAAAAUACUUUGGUUUUUUUUACUGUUAGUUGGGGUGUUUUUGUUGUUGUUUUGUUUUUUGUUUUGUUUUGAUUUGUUAAUCAAAAUAGCACUUUAACCUGAGGAUUUUUUAUUCCCUUUUGUUAUUAAUGUAAUUGUGUUAUUAAUAUGUUAAAUUUACCAACUUGGUUUGUGGUUUAUGCACAUCUGAUGGAUGUGAUUUUCCUUCUCACCCUUGCUGUGUGUUUCUGUCUAGUUGGGAGUUUAGGGUGCCUGUAUUUCCACCAUAGUGCCAAUAGCGAUGCUGAAGUGAGUCAACUGACAAAAACUUAAUAAUAAGGAUAACAAUGCAUAAACUCUGCAUAUAGUUAAAAUUAAUAUGAAUUGUUUUAUUUGCACAUAAUGUAUAUAUUUAAGUAUAGAGAUUUAUAAACAUAUAAUUUUAUUUUUAAAUAUUUUAGCUAAAAGGAUGGGUUUUUGUUCUCAUUUUAAUAGGCUGAAUUCUCUUUUUGCACUUCUGAAUUUUUGCCAGGUCACUAUGGUGUAAGCAUGCAACCAUUUGCAAGCCAGUGCUGCAAAACUGAUGUUCAGUCUCAGGACUUUCAUUUAGUCUACGUGUGUCCUUAUAUUAUUCUCAUACCAGUACCAUUAGCAAUGAAUAACAGUAUAAUACACAGUGAAAUAGAUCUCUCUCAGUCUAAUAUUUAACCACUUCCGCAGUACUGUUUUCUGCUGCUCUCCUGAGAAAAUCUCCCAAACAGAAACUCUUCAGGAAAAAGAAUCAUCAUUGACCAUAUUAUUAUGCAUUUUCAAUUGGCCGGUCUGCUUUCAGAGAUAUGAUGCUGGAAGGAGACGACAAAAAAUAUAUUAAUAGUCCAUCAAAAAUGAUGGUCGAUUUUCUUAAAACAGCGAGUAUAUUUCAUAAUUACCCUGGAUUUAUAAUGUUAAACUAUUAUUUUUAAUCAAAGUCUAUUUAGUAUUUAGGAAAUUUGGAAACACAAGAUAAUUAAGACAAGUUUCUGAAUGGUAACACUGGAGACAAAUACUUCUAGAUUGCAUAAAAAAUAAAAUCUUGAAAAGCAUUUAAGCUUUGUCCUUUC